AUGGGCGAACCCGAAGCGUUAAAAUACAAGGAAGAAGGCAACGCGGCCUUCAAAAGUGGCAAUUGGGACUCGGCGGCCAAACUCUACACCAAAGCCAUCAACUUGGAGACGAGCGAGAGUCGGGACUUGUCCGUGUUCCUCAAAAACCGGGCUGCGGCCUAUUUGAAGUUGGGCAAGUUUGAGGAGGCGUUGAGCGACUGCGACCGCAGUCUGGAGAUAGUGCCCCGCGACCCCAAGGCGCUGUUCCGCCGGUGCCAGGCCUUGGAGGCGCUGGAACGGUUUGAGGAGGCUUAUCGGGACGCCACCCAGAUUUUCAAGGAUGACCCCAAUAAUAGGACGAUUCAGCCGGUUUUGGAGCGAUUGUAUCGUAUUGUCCAGGAACGGGUUAAGGAAAAUGCCCAGACCAGCACUAAGAUCGAGAGUAUGACGAAGUUGGCGUUUGAUUUGGCCGCCGAUAGGGAGAAACGCGAGACUGCGAUGAAUAAUUUGUUGGUGCUUGCGAGGGAAAAUGCGGGGUCGAGUCUUAUGAUUAAAUCGCCGGUUGUUCAGCAGAUUAAGAAGUUGCUUAAAGUGGAGAAGAAUCGGGAAAUAUGUGUUACUGGUAUACGAAUUAUCGGCGAGCUUUGUAAGCAUAAUGUGGAUAAGACACGAAGUGUUAUGAAGGAUGUGGGGAUCCCCUGGUUUUUGGAAAUUUUGGACUCGAAUCAUGAACAGCAAGUUAACGCAGCGCAGUAUUGCAUCCAACAAAUCCUCAAUAUUUUCUCAGGAAUGGACAACAAAACCGACAGCAAACCUGACCAAGAACUUGUGCAAAAAAACAAAAAAGACAUCGACAUGAUCCUGACAUGUCUCGUCUACUCCAUUAACAAUCAAGCAAUCAGUGGCCUGGCCCGCGACGCAAUUAUCGAGCUCCUCACCCGAAAUAUCCACUAUACGGCCCUGAACUGGGCCGAGCAAUUGGUCGAAAUCGGAGGCGUCUCAAGACUUAUGGAGUGUGCCAGCGAAUUAGAAGAAUACAAAUACGAGAGUGCCAUGAACAUCACACCCUCGACCCGUACAAUCGCCGCCGUUUGUUUAUCCCGAAUCUACGAAAACAUGUACUACGACGCCGCCCGCGAGAAAUUCAUGACAAAAAUCCAGGAUUUUAUCAAAGAUAAGCUCCUAACGCCCGACAUUGAGUCGAAAGUUAGGGUGGCUGUGGCGAUAACAGCCCUGCUGCGGGGGCCGCUGGACGUUGGUAAUGCCAUUAUCGGUAAAGAAGGGAUCAUGGAAAUGAUCCUGGUCAUGGCCAACACCGAUGACUUGCUCCAACAGAAAGUUGCGUGCGAGUGUAUUGUUGCAGCGGCAAGUAAAGCCGACAAGGCCAAGGCGAUUAUAGCACAAGGUGUUAAUAUUUUGAAGACUUUGUAUAAGUCCAAGGAUGAUGCGAUAAGGGUGAGGGCUUUAGUGGGGCUUUGUAAGUUGGGGAGUUCGGGGGGCACUGACGCGGCAAAGAAACCCUUUGCCGAAGGGUCUAAUCUAAAGUUGGCCGAAGCCUGCAGGAGGUUUUUGGUGCAUCCGGGGAACGAUGCGGAUAUUAGGAAGUGGGCUGCUGAAGGCCUUUCCUACUUAACCCUCGACGCCGAAGUGAAAGAAAAACUAGUGGAAGACCGCCCCGCCCUCCAAUCCCUCAUCGAACUCGCAAAAACCGGCGACCAAUCGUGCCUUUUCGGCGUCGUCACAACCCUCGUGAAUUUAUGCAACGCUUACGAAAAACAAGAAAUCAUCCCGGAAAUGGUCGAACUGGCAAAAUUCGCCAAACAACACAUCCCGGAAGAGCACGAACUCGACGACCCUGACUUUGUAACAAAAAGAAUCCUAGUUUUGGGCAAAGAGGGCGUCACCUCCGCCCUUGUGGCCCUAAGCAAGACCGAAAGCCCCAAUUCACGCGAACUAAUCUCGCGCGUGUUCAACUCCCUGUGCAGCGAACAGGAAUUGCGCGGCGUGGUGGUGUCCCAAGGGGGCUCCAAAGCCCUCAUCCCGCUGGCCUUGAAGGGCACCGAAAAGGGCAAACGACACGCAGCGCAAGCUUUGGCCCGGAUCGCGAUCACGAUGAACCCCGAAGUGGCCUUCCCGGGGCAGCGGGCCCUCGAGGUGAUCCGGCCCUUGGUAGGGCUCCUGCACCCCGACUGCACGGGCUUGGAGAACUUUGAGGCCCUGAUGGGGCUGUGCAACAUCGCGCAAAUGAGCGAGAGCGCGCGGCAGAGGAUUCUGAAGGAAGGGGGGCUGUCUAAGAUUGAGCAUUACAUGUUCGAGGAUCAUGAAUAUUUGUGCAGGGCGGCCACACAAUGCAUGACCAACAUGUGCAUGUCGCCUGAUGUUAUAAAGACACACGAGGGGGCCAAUGAUAAGGUCAAGUAUUUCGUGUCUUUAUCGAUGGAUGAGGACGCUGAUACGGCCAUGGCCGCCUCAGGAGCCCUGGCAAUUCUCACCGGAAAUAGCAAAAAAUGUUGCGAGAAAAUUUUCGACUCGAAAAAUUGGUUGGACUGCUUCCACGUGUUGUUGGCCAAUCCGGUCGCUAGUUUGCAAUACCGGGGCGUUUGUAUCGUGCGAAAUGUUAUCGAAAAUUCCAAAGAACUGGCCGAAAAGUUGAUGGAGACCGACAUUAUGGAAAUUCUAAUGGCGUUAAAACUGCAAACCGAUGAGAACAAACAAUCAGUCGUGAAAGUGGCAGAGGACGCGCUCAAGUUGGCCGAGACUUGGGGGCUCAUCAAGAAACCGGAACUAGACUAGCCUUUUAUACGAAAAAUUUUGUAUCGUUUAAAAUAAUAAAUUAUUGUUAAUUA